AUUACGUGUUUGAUGUUCAUAUCAUGUAGCGUGUAUAAGCCUACAUCUUUGUAAAGUGCGUUUGGUAAAAGUGCAGUGUGGACAAAGCCUGCUGCGUAAAGGAAACAGUUGUUUGCCCCGUGUUCUUGUGACUGUAGCUACAGUUGUGAGUUCGUGUUAGAAUAGCCGAUAACGAUGACUCACGGUGCAUUUGGUGAUUUGCAGACACCAAAUACGGCUGAAUAAAGCUCGGAAAAAGCAACUCAGCUUGCAGGAGGUGUGAUCCUAGGACUGGCAUUGUGGUUGCGCCAUGACAGCAAAACCAGCAAUCUUCUUAUUCUUAAAUUUGAACAAGAGCAGGCACCAGGAACCUUCUAUAUAAGUGUGUACAUACUGAUAGCCGUUGGGGCCAUCAUGAUGCUGGUGGGAUUCCUUGGAUGUUAUGGAGCCAUUCAGGAAUCACAGUGCCUGCUGGGAACGUUCUUCUUCUUCUUGGUGAUCCUGUUUGCCUGCGAGGUGGCUGCUGCUAUCUGGGGUUUCAUGAACCGAGACACAAUCUCCAAAGAACUCAUCAACUUCUACGACUCAGCGUACAUCAAAGCAGUCGAUGUGACCAGCACCAGCAAAGACUCAGCCAUCAAGGUCUUGGACGUUUUCCACACAACGCUUGACUGCUGUGGAAAAGGAGGAGAAAACACUUUAUUUCAAGAAGUAUCUAAAACCCUAUGCCCCCGCAAGACAGCCCCCACAACAGAAGGCUUUCAAGAAAAUCAGAAUUGUCAUGACAAAAUCACCAUUCUGUUUUCUGAGAAGCUCCACUUGAUUGGUCUGGCUGCUUUGGUGGUUGCGGUCAUAAUGGUUUUCGAGAUGAUCUUCACCAUGGUGCUGUGUUGUGGCAUUCGCAACAGUCCAGUGUAUUGAACAAAGGUCCUGAUGAAUGAAGAUACAACAGCCUGUUAUUUCAAAAGUGUUUCAUUUGACAGUGUUAUGGACAUGCCUUUUUAAUGUAGGCAUCAAACAAUUUUGAUGUUACCAAUGUCAUUUAAAGUAAUGACAUUGACACAGUUUAUUUGUUUUAUAUUUAUCAAUAAUGUUUGUUUUUUUUACUUUUUACUACAUUUUGUGGUGAUGUGUUUGACUCUUAAGCAUACAGAUUUAGAUUAUUGUAAAAUUGUACAUUCAUAGCUAGUUUAAAACAAAAGAGUCAGACUGUCUUCCAAAUAGUUUGAAUUAAAGCUGUCUUCAGGCUUGAAUAA